AUGUCUGCCAAGGAGAAUCGCGAUGGAAAAGAGCAGAAAUUGGGAGUCGAGGAAGUCAUUGAUGAAUGCAAGACAUUCUACUUUGCGGGGAAGGACACAACUGCUAGUCUUUUAUCUUGGGCACUUCUCCUUCUAGCACUGCAUCAAGAAUGGCAGAUCAAAGCAAGGGAAGAAGUUUUUCGGGUUUGCAAAGGCGAUGAACUUCCCACGGCCCAGAAUUUAAACGACAUCAAGAUUGACACUCAUAUAUGGGGAGAAGAUGCUGCUGAGCUCAAUCCACUCAGAUUUUUCAAGUCUCGGAAGCAUUUGGCUUCAUUUUUCCCAUUCGGGUUAGGUCCCAGAAUCUGUCCAGGCCAAAAUUUAGCAGUGGUUGAGGCCAAAGUCGUCCUGGUUACAAUCCUUAAACAGUACUGUUUCGAGGUAUCUCCUUCAUAUGUUCAUGCCCCGAAACUGUUUCUUACCUUGAUGCCACAGUAUGAUGCCCACAUCCUCUUCAGGAGGAUUAUGCUCUAA